GGUACGAGAUCCUGCUGGGAAAGCCAGAAAAGAAAAGGACGGUGGAACGAUUCGUGGCGGAUUUCGAAUUUAAGUCUCUUGAAGUUGCCAGAAAGAAGACCAAGGGACUUUCCCCGCUCAUUUGCGCCGUCAUCUCGGGGGAUGCGCCCAUGGUGGCACAUUUCGGAGAAGGCAAGGAAGUGAACAAGCCGACGCGUGCCAAGAUUGAAGAUGUCUUUGUAGGACAUUGGCCUCCUUUGAUGUUUGCCUUGGAGUAUGGUUCCAGACAUCUGGAUGUGGUGGAACAGUUGCUGGAGCUCAAGGCAGAUCCCAAUGGUGUAGAUGGACUGGGGCUUCCACUGAUGGGCGCCUGCAAAAGUAUCGAGCAGGUGGACUUGAUGGUGAGGUAUGGGGCAAAUGUGAACCACACCACGGGGCCGGCACACUUUCCAUCCUUGUCGAUGGCCUGCGCGCGGUGCGCGCCCCCGGAAGUGAUCCGAAGGUUCAUCGAAUUUGGGGCAGAAGUGAACCCUCGAAGUCGAGGGAUUUGUUCGCCGCAUCCCAUCUCCAACCUGGCGCCCUGGUCCGCGAUGAAUGCCUCCUGCCGCGAGGUGGCGAUGAUGUUGGUCGAAGCCAAGUGCGAUGUGAAUUUGAAGCACGAGGCCAAAGGUCUCUUCAAGGCGAUUGAGCUGGUAAGUCGAGCGCAACUGCAGCUGGUGGGCUCGAAAUCCGCGCUGGUGCAUUUCUACUCGGAAUGGACGACAACUCCCUUAGGCUUCGCCUGCUUCUUCGGUGCAGAGCAGCUCGUAGAGUUCCUCCUGGAACACGAUGCUGAUCCUGAGAUAACGAAUGUCAGAGGCCACAAGCCAUUUGAGCUGGCCCGGGGAGAGAGUGUGAAGAGAGUGAUUCAAGAGUUUAAGAGCACGAUAUCUAUCUGAGUGCAGCCUUAUGAUUGCUUAUCGCCGCCCUUACCAGGUCCUCAGCCAUGAAAUGGCGCUGAACGGCAGCGACCAGAGAUGCAUCUUUAGCCACUUCAGGGACUGGAAAAAAGUCCUGGAGCAAAGUCCCCUUCCUAAUGAGGGACGGAUGGCCAACAUCUUGG